AUGAAUUCCAACAAUCAGCUUUCCAUUUUUGGUCCUUCCUCAUCAUUGGCUAUCGAAGCCUUGAACGAACGUCGCGCCGCCCAGCAAGCAGAACGCGAGGAGCGCGAAUCUCAUGAGGAGCUGGCCCACAAAAGCAAGACGGUUAUCCUGAGAGUACCUGCAGCUGAACUUGAUCCAUCAGCUAAGCCUAGCUUGAUAGUGAAGUUCAACAUCAAGUUUAAAACCAAACCCGGAUGGAAAGAGAUCCCCAACGAAAUGCGAUUCUCAAUCCUCAAGUUCACAUUCCCUGGCCAGAGAAUGUUUGAUUUGAAUCUUCAGCCCUGCAUUUUGAUCGAUCCAAGUUUUGCUGUCCGCAGCGCCAUCGAUUAUCAGACGACCGAGCAGAGAAACUUGAACUCCGCUGCACAUGCUGCAGCUAACGGUCAGGGUGAUGUCCGUGCCAAGCCUCCGAUCGCACUAUCAAUUAGCAAGGCAACUCGAGAAUACGCGUUAGAGACGUACAAGCUUUUAGAGCAACCUCUAGCAAACUUUCCUGGUAUCUCGCCCAGACCAAUCGGCCGUGCGUACUUUGAUCCUGAAGUCGAUAUUCUGCACUGCCAAUCGAAAAUAGAAUAUGUAUCUGCAGGCAAGAGAGGGGGACCAACAGUUAGUUCUUUCCAGAAGAAAGAAGUGAUCCAGCGUAUCGCCAUUCCGAAUGAGUACUUUUCGACAAUCAAUUACACUACUGGACCUCGACCUGUCUUGUUAAAGUAUACUUCCCUCAAGGAAAUUAUCGUACUUGUUCAGCACUUGCAUUGCUGUAUACACGGCAAUGAAGCACGAACUUCGGUCGGAAGACGGGGAACUCAACAUCCCAAAGAACACUAUAUCGAGAAGUUCAAGACUUUAGUCGAAGGCAAGUGGGCUGCCGCUAUGGCGCAGUCUUGGGGAAGUUUUCCGUCGGUGAGAUAUGCGGGAGAUUGCAGAUGCUCUUAA